AUGGGUCUUCUGAACUCCCUCCCGAAGCUACCCCUCGUCGGGUCGAUCCUCAUAGUCCUCUGCUCGCUCUUCACCCCCGCGACCGCCUACACCGAACUCGGCGACGAGGCCCUCCGCGCGAUCCCCUCGGGUGGCGAUGGUUUCAACAUUGACACCGGCUCGCUGCUGGCCCCCAUCCUCAUCCCCCGCGUCCCCGGCACCCCGGGCUCGCUCAAGGUGCAGCAGCACUUUGUCGACUUCUUCCGCGCCAACCUGCCUGAGUGGAUCAUCGAGUGGCAUAACUCGACAUCCAAGACGCCCGCGACCGGAAAUAAGGAGAUACCCUUCACGAACCUCAUCUUCCGCCGCGACCCGCCGUGGGCCAAGGGCGGAGAUGUCGAGUAUCUGACGCUCGUGGCGCACUAUGACAGUCUGUACCACCCGGAAGGGUUCAUUGGGGCGAUUGACAGUGCGGCGCCUUGCGCGAUGCUGCUCCACGCGGCAAGGAACAUUGAGGAAGCUCUGGUGAAGAAGUGGAAGGUAAUGGAGGCCUCAGGUGACGCUGGGAGCGGGCUCGAGGAGGAGAAGGGCGUUCAGAUCAUUCUGCUUGAUGGAGAGGAAGCAUGGGUGUCGUGGACGGACACAGAUUCGCUCUAUGGAGCCAGGGCGCUCGCCAAGAGCUGGGAAGACUCUGUUCACCCUGAUGGUCUAUACAAGACUCCUCUUUCGUCCAUUAGCCUCUUCCUUCUUAUCGAUCUUCUGGGUGCCCCUAAUCCCCGGAUACCAUCUUACUUCCCUUCCACGCACUGGGCGUAUAAGAAGAUGGCAAAGAUCGAACAUCGCAUGCGCGAACUGGAUGUUCUCGAAACGAAACCGAAACAUCCUUUUUUGACGGACAGGAACAAAGAGAAGGUCGGCUUCGGUGGUGGGUACGUCCUAGAUGAUCAUGUACCGUUCUUGCAGCGAGGUGUCGAGAUCCUGCACAUCAUCCCGACGCCGUUCCCCGACGUAUGGCAUAAGAUCGAAGACGACGGUGCCCAUCUGGACCUGCCAACAGUACGGGAUUGGGCGCGUAUCCUCACGGUUUUCGCGGCAGAGUGGAUGGAGCUAGAUGAGCACCUACCCAAGCAGAUAGAGGGUGAGGCUGCUAGCGAUUCGAGCGACGUCAAAGAUGAGCUAUGA